UCUCUUGCGCCCUGCUUCUCCAUGUCCAAUAAUCCCGGGCUAUUAUUUAAUCGCUGCAGUCGCGUCGCGUGGAUUUCACGCUAACAACUGCCAUCAUUCCGCUACUCGACCACCGCCGAUGCCCGCGAGACGCCUCCGCCCAGUGAUCGAGCUCGCGCCCCUCCCCCCCGCCGUCCGCGCCCUCUACGCCCGUCCCCCCUCCGCUGCGCCCGCCCACACGCAGCACCGCACAUUCUGCGAAAAAUGCCGCCGGCCGCCCGCAGCCCUCAUCCUCGAAUCCCUGCACAGCCGUCCCAAGAAACGCCCCAGAACGAAGAGGCCGUCCCCGGAAGACGACGAUCUGCUGAGUGACAGCGAGCUCGUCCAUAUCCUUCAGGGCUGGGUCACCUGCAGACGGUGUGUCGUCGCCUCCCACUAUGGCUGUCUGUCGGCCAGCCAGAAGAAGGCAGUCCUCGAGUCACUCCGCUCGCAAGACCUGGCUGCGCUUGGAAACAUUGACCCUACCACGCAGGCAUCAGACGUUCCUCUCCGGAAGACUGUGCCUAUUCAACAAGAGGCGGACUUUCUGUGCGCGAAAUGCGGCGAAGGAGUACCCUGUUUUGUUUGCUGCAAAGACGAACUUCUAAACGUGGAUCCAGUCACAGUGGGCCGGAGAAAAGACGAUGACGCCGGGGUAGUGGACGUUGGCAAAGAGGACAGCAUGACGGACAUGGAUUCAUCAAAGGCCCCCCAGCUUCCACCCUUGGCGGAGGCAGUCUCUGACAAGGAAAUCGGUUCACCACAGCCCAAAAGCACUCGACCUCUUUUCAGGUGUUUGCGAUGCAGACAAGCAGCUCAUUAUGAACACUUAAAAGUUCCUGAACCGCUUGGCGAAAACCCAGACCUGGCAGAGAUAGCACACCACUAUCAGACUCAAACGGACGACGGUGAUGCCUGGACGUGCCAUCAAUGUCGUGCAUCACCAUGGGGUAUUGAUAUCGUGAUCGCAUGGCGUCCUCUCCCUGCCACAUCUCCUUUCCACUCUUUGCCCCCUCCUCCACCCAAAACUCCACUAUACAAGACCGUCCUCCCCAGAGAAUAUCUCAUCAAAUACUCCUCUCGAUCGUUCCGCCAUGUCGAAUGGGUUCCCCACGCCUGGCUCUCCGGCAUCGCCCCUAUGAAACUCCGACGAUUCCUGGAAAAAGGGCCCCUACUGGACUUGGUAACAGAUGAGACAUUAGAAGCCAGAGGUGAUGAAGUGGUCAGGCCUAGUAUCGCGGACAUUGAUAACCGUGCUCACGGAAAAGAUGUACAUCAUGAAAAAGGGGUGGGGCUGAUAGUAGAUGCGGAAGAGGAUGCGGAGAGUGGUUUGCCCAUUUUAUGGAGUACAAUUGACAGAGUCUUGGAUGUCUUGCUGAUUCGACCUACCGCUGCCCAAAUCAAGGGGAAGAGCAAAAAGUCUCAAUCAGGAAAUGACAGGCGGAAUCAGCGACGUAUCGUCUCUCUGUCUCCUUCUCCAUAUGACGGUGCCGCCCCAUUUCCACCCGAUUCCAGUCCCAAUGCACAAGCAGUAGCUGUCAAGACGCCUUUUGAACAGCUUCAGGCAGAUCUCAACAUCCCGGACGGCCUUCCAUUACCUGACGACGAGCUCAUCGAAAUUGAGGAAUGGGAAAUACUUACGGGAAGAAGGCUGCUCGAGACAGAUGUAGAGGAAGUCGCAGGAUUGGUAGGAUGGGGCCUGUUCAAAUGGCAAGAUUUGCAGUAUGAUCAAGCUCACCCGCGGACCGAAAAAGCAUGCUGGGAUACACCUCCACCUUCGUCAUCACCGCUUUACACUGCUUAUAAGCACGGUCUUUCCAAAUACCUUGCAGCCCGGCACAUCACCAUCCCCGUCCUGACCCCAGCCCAAAUUCGCGCCAGGGAUAAUGAUCCCGCAAGGGGCUUUGUGCCCCCGCAAGAACAGCCGGAUUGCAUCGCCGGGGGCAAUUUGAUGCCCUUCCAGAUGGAAGGGUUCCAGUGGUUGUUGUACAAAUAUUUCAAAAGAGAGAGCUGUAUUCUGGCGGAUGAUAUGGGUUUGGGCAAGACUGUGCAGAUCGCCUCUGUCUUGGGUUAUCUGGGCUCUGCCGAACAUGAGAUCUAUCCCUGUCUAGUAGUCGUGCCGAAUUCAACAAUCACCAAUUGGGUCAGAGAGUUUGAAAAGUGGAGUCCGCACUUACGAGUUGUUCCCUUCUAUGGUGAAGCGGCUUCACGCGAGAUUAUUUCAAAGUAUGAAUUAUUUCAUAAAGGGACGCAAGGUAAACCAGUGGGCCUCAAAGCCCACAUCGUCUUGACAACAUAUGAUAUGAUAACUUCUUCAGAAUUUCGUGUUUUCUCUGCCAUCCCUCGAUGGGAGGUGCUAUGCGUGGACGAGGGGCAGCGACUCAAAUCUGAUAAUAGUAAAAUAUUCAACAACCUCAAAACUCUCAACUCUGUGCACCGAAUACUUCUCACGGGCACGCCGCUGAACAACAAUAUCCGUGAACUAUUCAACCUGCUCAAUUUCUUGGAUCAAGAUAAUUUCAAAGACUUGGAAUCUAUGGAGCAGGAAUACUCAGACUUGAAUGAGGUCAAAGUGCAAAAGCUGCACCAGAUGAUUAAACCAUACAUCCUUCGAAGGAUCAAGGCCGAUGUGCUCAAUCUACCGCCAAAGGUCGAAAUUAUCGUCCCCAUCUCACUCGCCCCCUUGCAGAAGCAAAUGUACAAAGGUAUAUUCGAAAACCAUGCCGGGAUAAUCGAAGACAUUCUCAAAGCGAGGCAAAAAAGGCGACAGGCAAUAAAGUCUGUUCAGUCCGCAGUGCCAACCAAUUAGUCGAGCAUAAUUAUAAUGGAAAGGGUCGGGAUAACAGUGAAAUGUUAUAUAUGAUAGAAAGAAGAGGCUAGAUAUCUAACAUGCAUCAUG